AAAACUCUUUUUAAAGAAGCAGUGAAGACCAUGCCCAAUUUUUCCACUGAGAAGUUUCUUGCCCUCGGAAGCAUUGCUCGAGGUGUAAGCUGCACAGCCCUGCGACAGCUCUUCCGGUACAAGCCAUCAUUUUCCUCAAUGCGGAGUGUCCUUGCAUUCAUGAAAAAGCAGUCUGUUCCUCUCCAUACCUCACUGAAAAAGUGCAUCAUCGAGGAGCUGUACUACUUUGACUUCUUCUCUGAGCUGCUGGGAGAGCUUGGCUCUCAGAUCGCUCUGGCCCUGCCGGUGAGCACUAUUAAGAAGUUCCCAGCCGACAUGAUGGACACUCUCAGGAAGAUGAUUGUGCAAGACCCCCAUCACUUCCUGCUCCUACCCAGUACAAAACAGGAUAUUCUGGUGGACAAGAUGGUGCAGAGACUUGGCAUGUACACAGGAGAGUUCACUGAGGAUGAGUUCCGUUCACUGGGCAUCAUGGCGACCUAUGUAGUGGAUGAGGUGUUUGUGCAGCUGGUGCGGAGCUUCUUUGCCCUGAUGACCCAGGGGCGUAUAGAGAGGCUGUUUCUGAGUCAGCGCCAGUGGGAGUCAGGUGCUGUUGGGGCCCUCUGCAUUCAGGGCCGGGACCAGGUUGAACAGACACAGCUGUUUGAGAGGCAGCAGUUUGUUCUUCAGUACUUCCUGGGUUUUCUCAAAGUGGGCCGGGUCACACCUCCUGCAUUGAUCCCCACAUGUGAAAAGCUGCAUACGACACGGCCUUCAGCCUGGAGCACAGACAGCUUGACAGGCAUGUCGUCUGCCGCCUUCAGCUGUAGUCUGGAGCUCUUUGGCCAGGACCCCUUCUUUUUACCAUACCAACAGAAAUUACUCCUCCAGAAAACUAAAGAGAUCUAUGGAGCGGCCCGCUCCUUCUCCUCCCCUCUGUGA